GGCAUGUCAUGUUGGAGCAGGUUUGCUGCAAUCAGAACACAGAGACCUUUCAAGUGAUACAAAUGUAAGCUGCAAUUGUACUUGAGCAUAAAUCAGAAGUUUUACUGUUUUCUCCAUGAAAAGCUAUUGAUUUUUGAUUGGUAGGAAGAAAAGUUUAGUUGGCACAUAAUAUAAGCUCGGGUAAACAAUGUGCUGGCUUGGACUUUCGUGGAAGUCUAUGCUAUUGUAGAAGCAUUGCUGAACUACCUGCAGACACCAAGGGAAUCAUUUGAAAAAUUUGGAAAGAAAUUUUCUCUGUAUUCUGGAGCUCAAAUAUGAUGGAGCCUGCAUCCUCUUAUUUUUCUGGAUACUAUAUGUGCUUUCUUCUCUUACAAGUGAUGACAUCAACUUCAGAGAAGUUGAUGGUGACUGUUCCCAAGGGGCAUUUGGUGGCUAGAGUAGGAGGACAGGCUGCUCUCAGCUGCCAGUUGUCCCCACCACAAAGUGCAGAGCACAUGGAGGUGCACUGGUUCAGGGGUGACAAUUCCCAGCUUGUUUACCUGUACAGAGGUGGUCAUGAAGUAAAUGGAGAAGCUGCCCCUGAAUAUGUAAAUCGUACAGAGUUUGUGAAAGAGGCCAUGGGGGAGGGUAAAGUGACCCUCAAAAUUCAUAAUGUCAGCAUUUCUGAUGAUGGACCAUACAGGUGUUUAUUUAAAGAUACUGACUUCAGUGAUAUGGCCAACAUGAAUCUUAGUGUGGCAGCAUUUGGCUUGGAGACACAGAUUCAUGUCCAGGUUCCCACUAGUGAUGGACUCGUGGUGGAGUGUAACUCAGGAGGGUGGUUUCCACAGCCCCAAAUGGAGUGGAGAGACAGCAGAGGAGAGGUCGUUCCACAUUCAUCAAAAUCAUACUCCCAGGAUGGAGCCAGAUUGUUCCACAUGAAGAUGACUCUUCUCCUCAGAAACUUUUCAGACUGCAAUAUUACAUGCUAUGUUCACAACCCUGUAAUAGGUGAAGAGAAACAAACAAGUAUUAUCCUAGCAAAUGACCUGUUUGAUAAGGAGCACCUUACAAAGAAGUUUUUAAUUUUAUUUUCGUGUUUAACAAUCGCUUUGGUUUUGACAUACAUUUGCCUUUGGUAUUUCAUAAGAAAAGACCAUAUACCUGAAUGUCUACUUACAGGUCUAAUUCCAUGUUGUUAUAUGUUGAAUUCAAUACCUGCUCAAUUCCUGUUUUGCUUCAUAUGCUCUGUGACACUUCUUUUUGUGUAUCUGCCAUUCCGGACCAGAGUCUCUAUUUCAGAUCCUUUAUUUUCCUUGUACAAUAGCCAGAUAAAAACUAUAUCAAUUAUGAUAUGUGUUGUGAUGUUAUAUUCCACUUUAUUAAUCACUGGUGUAAUAAAGUACCUAGAAGCUGCUGCCAAUGCUGCUGCUGCUGCUGCUGCUGCUGCCGCUGAGGAAGAUGCCGCUGCUGCAGACUCCACUGCAGCAGAAGCCUCUGUGGCAGAAGACGCUGCCACAGAAGAUGCUGCCACAGAGGACACUGCCACAGGGUCCCCAGAGAUCUUUUCUCUGAGCACCGCUUCCUUUACCUCUGAUGCGAAUUCCAACACAACCGCUGUGGUUGCUGCCCCUGAACUGGAAGUCUCAUGUCAAUCUACCACAGCCUGAACUGCUACCGCCAUUGCUGCUGCCUCUGAUUCCACUGCUGCCAGCUUGAGAUUGCCUGGAGGUCUUCUUUCUGGAUGCUGCUGCCACAGAAGAAACUGCUGCCUGGGAUGCAACUGAAGCUGACAUUGCUGCUGACUUCCUAUGGAGAUCACCCGUGACACUGAGCCCCCCCCCACACACACACACACCCCACAGCUGCAGUUGCAGCUGCCUUUGCAGCCACCACUAUCCCUGAUGAACAUAGAUGCAAAAAUUAUCAAUAAAAUUCUGGCAAAUUGCAUACAAAAACAUAGUAAAAAGAUACUGAACUAUAAUCAAGUGGGAUUCAUUCCAGGGAUGCAGGGUUGGUUCAACAUAUGGAAAUCAAUAAACAUAACUCAUCAUAUUAAAACAAGAAUCAUAUGAUCCUCUCAAUAGACGCAGAAAAAGCAUUUGACAAAAUACAGCACACCAUCAUGUACAAAACACUAGAACAGCUAGGAAUUGUAGGAACAUACUUCAACAUUGUAAAAUCUAUAUAUGCUAAACCCAAGGCCAGCAUCAUUCUAAAUGGAGAAAAAUUGAAAACAUUUCCUCUAAAAACUGGAACAAGAAAAGGAUGUCCUCUUUCACCACUUCUAUUCAACAUUAUCCUUGAAACCCUAGCCAGAGCAAUUAGACAAAAUAAAUAAACCAAAGGGAUACAAAUAAGUAAAGAAGAACUCAAACUAUCACUGUUUGCUAAUGAAAUGAUGCUGUAUCUAGAAGAUCUAAAAAAUUCCACCAGAAAACUUCUAGAACUAAUAAAUGAAUUCAGCAAAGCAGCAAGAUAUAAAAAUCAACACCCAUAAAUCAAACGUAUUUCUAUACAUCAGCAAUGAAUCCACUGAAAGAGAAAUUAGGAACACUAUUCCAUUCACAAUAGCCUCAAAAAAAUUACCUGGGAAUCAAUCUAACAAAAAAUGUGAAAGACCUCUACAAUGCAAACUACAGAACACUAAAGAAAACUGAAGAAAUCCUCAGAAGAUGAAAAGACUUCCAAUGCUCCUGGAUAGGCAGAAUUAAUAUUGUAAAAAUGGCCAUACUACCAAAAGCAUUAUAACAGAUUUAGUGCAAUUCCUAUUAAAAUCCCAUUGACAUUCUCCAUAGAAAUAGAAAAAGCAAUCAUGAAAUUUAUUGGAAAAAUAAAAGACAGAGAAUAGCUAAAGAAUUCCUGAGCAAGAAAAGUGAAGCAGGAGGCAUCACAAUACCAGAAUUUAUACUAUACUACAGAGCUAUAGUAACAAAAAUGGCAUGUUAUUGGCACUAAAAUAGACUUGAAGACCAAUGAUACAGAAUAGAGGACACAGAGACAAACCCACAUAAAUAUGGUUAUCUCAUACUAGACAUGAGAUACCAAAAACAUUCACUGGAAAAAAGAUAGCUUAUUCAACAAAUGGUGCUGGAAAACUGGAAAUCCAUAUGUUGCAAAAUGAAAUUAAACCUCUAUCUCUCACCCUGCACAAAAAUCAUUCAAAGUAGAUCAAAGACUUAGGUACUACAACAGAGACCCUGAACCUAAUAGAAGAAAAAAUAGGCCUAAAUCUUCACAUGUCGGCCUAGGAUCUGACUUCCUUAACAAGACUCCUAAAGCACAAGAAGUAAAAUCAAGAAUCAAUAAAUGGGGUGGAUUCAAAUUAAAAAGCUUCUUCUCAAUUAAUAAUGUGAGGAGAGAACCUACAGAUUUGGAGAAAAUUUUUAUCACAUGCACCUCUGAUAAAGCAUUAAUCUCUAGGAUAUAUAAAGAACUCAAAAAAAAAAAGCAAAUAAUCCAAUCUAUAAAUGGGCUAAGGAAGUGAACAGACACUUUACAGAAGAAUAAAUACAAUUGAUCAACAAAUAUAUGAAAAAGUGUUCAACAUCUCUAGCAUUUAGAGAAAUGCAAAUCAAAACUACUUUUAAGAUUUCAUCUCACUCCUGUCAGAAUGGCAGUCAUUAAGAAUACAAACAACAAUAAGCAUUGGUGAAGAUGUGGUGAAAAAGGCACACUCAUGCAUUCCUGGUGGGACUGCAAAUUGGUGCAACCAUUACAGAAAGCAGUAUGGAGAUUCCUCAGAAAACUGGAAAUGGAACCACCAUUUGACCCAGCUAUUCCACUCUGGUUUAUAUCCAAAAGACUUAAAAUCAGCACACUAUAGUGACACAACCACAUCAAUAUUUAUAGCAGAUCAAUUCACAAUAGCUAGACUAUGGAAUCAACCUAGGUGUCCCUCAAUGGAUUAAUGGAUAAAGAAAAUAUGGUAUAUAUACCUAAUGGAAUAUUACUCAGCUUUAAAAAAGAGUAAAAUUAUGGCAUUUGGCAGUAUAUGGUUGAGGUUGGAAAAUAUCAUGCAAAGUGAAAUAAGGCAAUCCCACAAAACCAAAGGCCAAAUGUUUUCCCUAAAACAUGGAUGGUAAUUCACAAUAAGGCAGGAUGGCACUAGGGGAGAAUAUCAUUACCUUACAUUAGGUAGAGGGAAGUGAUGGUAGGGGAGGGGAGGGGAUGUAGGGAUAGGAAAAAUAGUAGAAUGAAACAGACAUUAUUACUGUAUGUAUAUAUGUGACUACAUGAUGAAUAUGAUUCUGCAACAUGUACACUCAGAAAAAUGAGAAAUUAUAUCCCACCUAUGUAUGAUAUAUCAAAGUGCAUAAAUGCAUUCUACUGUCAUGUAUAACUAAUUAAAAUGAAUUUUAAAAUUUUUUAAAACUAUUUACUUAGAUUUUUAUUGUAUUAUGUAUUAGAAAUGAUCUGGAGAUUUUUUAAAGAAUGUGGAGAAUCUUGGUAAAUUAUAUGCAAAUGCUAUAUGAUUUUAAAUAAAUAACUUAAGAUUCAGCAGAUUUUGGCAUUCCUGGAGCAGGUUAGAAUACGGAACCACCUAAUCAUGUAUACCAAGGGAUCACUGUAUAGUCAUAACCUCAUCAUUUAGUAUUGCUGGCUGUUAAUAUCACACAAUGAGAGAUACCCAGAGAUUAUUGUUUCAUAUAUGUAAGAAAAACUGUUAGGCGUUCUUGUUAAAAAAUAAAAUAAAAUAAAAAUAAUU